ACUCUCACUCCCUCUGUCACUCCAUGCCUCCAUUUCCCCCUUCCUUCCUAUAAAGCGUCCCGGUCCCCGGGCCACGAAACCCGCCAUAAACCGCCGCUGCCGCCGCCACCAGGCCACCUCGCCCCGCAAUGCAGAUGCGGCACCUCGGCGUGCUCCUCGUCGCGGCCCUCCUCGCCGCGUCGCCCGCCGUCGCGGCGUGGCGCCCGUGGCCGCCACGCAACGGCACGGCGGCCACGGCGGGGCUGGGCGCGUCCAAGAAGUUCGAGGGGUCGUCGGAGUUCGUGAAGCUGCAGUACCACAUGGGCCCCGUCCUGGCGGCGUCCAUCACGGUGCACCCGAUCUGGUACGGCCCCUGGCCGGCGCCGCAGAAGCGCACCAUCCGCGCCUUCCUCCGCUCCCUGGCUCCGCCGCCGGCGGAGGAGGCCCGGAUCCCGCGCCCCUCCGUGGCGGCGUGGUGGCGGACCGUGCGGCUGUACGCGGACCAGACCGGCGCCAACGUGUCGGCGGCGGUGUCGCUGGGCGCCGAGAAGUCGGACGCGCGCAUGUCCCGCGGCGCGCGGCUGUCGCGGAUGGACAUCCAGGCGGUGGUCCGCGACGCCGUGGCCGCGCGCACCCGGCCCCUCCCCGUGGACGCCGGCGGCGUGUAUCUCGUGCUCACCUCGCCGGAGGUGCUGGUGGAGGACUUCUGCGGGCAGGUCUGCGGCUUCCACUACUUCACCUUCCCGUCCGUGGUGGGGUACACGCUCCCGUACGCGUGGGUGGGCAACUCGGCGCGGCGGUGCCCGGAGGUGUGCGCGUACCCGUUCGCCAUCCCGGCGUACGUGCCGGGGCGGAGGCCCGAGUCGCCGCCCAACGCCGACGUCGGCGUGGACGGGAUGGUGAGCGUCAUCGCGCACGAGCUGGCGGAGCUGGCGUCCAACCCGCUGGCCAACGCGUGGUACGCGGGCACGGACCCGUCGUUCCCGACGGAGAUCGCCGACCUCUGCGAGGGCAUCUACGGCACAGGCGGCGGCGGCGCGUACACGGGGCAGCUGCUGACGGACGCGCGGUCCGGCGCGGCGUACAACGUGAACGGCGCCGGCGGGCGCAGGUUCCUGGUGCAGUGGGUGUGGAACCCCGUGCUCAGCUACUGCUCCGGCCCCAACGCGCUCGACCAGUAGCUGGAGUCGCUUCCAAGGAUCGAUGGUCUGCUUGCCGAUGCAUCCAUCGUCGUCUAGUACGUAGUAGUGUUCUGUCUCCAUGGAUUCGGUUUCCUCUCUCGGGAGAAUCCAUGGAAUGCUUUUGUAUAGAGUUCGUCAGUGGAGUGUGAGCUGAAGGAAGGUGGCGAGCCGCGAGCAGGAAGGCGUGUUCGAGGAAACUUUUGAAACUUGGGAUUUUAUUUAACUUUUGCGCUUUUCAUUUGGCCUUGGUUCGUUUGAAUUUGGGUUGGUUUUCAACUUUUCAUGGAGAGCUGGGGGCAUAACUAUCAGAGUUACAACAUACAACAAGCAUUUCUGUACUGGAAGAUAAUUGCGCACAGUAGCAGCACCAUAGGCUCAUGGCUUUUGCA